AUGCGGCAGACAGUGGUGAACACCCUCGAGCGGAAGCUCUUCUACAUACCUUCGUUCAAGAUCUACCGCGGCGUCGCUGGCCUGUACGACUACGGGCCGCCCGGGUGUGCGGUCAAGUCCAACGUCCUGGCCUUCUGGAGGCAGCAUUUUGUUCUGGAGGAGAAUAUGUUGGAGGUUGACUGCCCCUGUGUGACACCUGAGGUUGUCUUAAAGGCAUCAGGGCAUGUCGAGAAGUUCACCGACCUCAUGGUUAAGGAUGAGAAGACAGGCACAUGCUAUCGUGCUGAUCACCUGUUGAAAGAUUUUUGCAAGGACAAGCUUGAGAAGGAUCUCACCUUAUCCCCUGAGACGGCUGCCGAGUUUAAGCGCGUCCUUGCUGUGUUAGAUGACCUCUCAACAGAGGAACUCGGUGCAAAGAUCAAGGAAUAUGGCAUUGUUGCCCCUGAUACAAAGAACCCACUCUCUGCUCCCUACCCAUUCAAUCUUAUGUUCCAGACAUCAAUUGGCCCAACAGGUCUUAGCGUGGGGUAUAUGAGGCCAGAGACUGCACAGGGUAUUUUUGUCAACUUCAAGGACUUGUACUACUACAAUGGCCAAAAGCUUCCCUUUGCAGCAGCUCAAAUUGGUCAAGCAUUCCGCAACGAGAUCUCUCCACGUCAAGGUCUUCUACGAGUGCGUGAAUUCACAUUGGCCGAGAUUGAGCACUUCGUAGAUCCUGAGGAUAAGUCACAUCCCAAGUUUGUUGAUGUUGCUGAUUUGGAGUUCUUGAUGUUUCCGAGAGAGCUGCAGCUCUCAGGGGAGUCAGCCAAGUUAACGAAGCUUGCAGAAGCAGUUUUGAAGGGAACUGUUAAUAAUGAGACACUUGGUUACUUUAUUGGAAGGGUCUAUCUUUUCCUGACACGUUUGGGAAUUGAUAAGAGCCGAUUGCGCUUCAGACAGCAUCUACCUAAUGAGAUGGCUCAUUAUGCUGCUGACUGCUGGGAUGCAGAGAUUGAGUGUUCUUAUGGAUGGAUAGAGUGUGUGGGCAUUGCAGAUAGAUCUGCAUAUGAUUUAAAAGCUCAUUCUGAGAAAAGUGGCGUUCCACUUGUUGCUCAUGAAAAGUUUUCAAAGCCUAGAGAAGUUGAGAAACUUUUUAUCGUGCCCUCAAAGAAAGACCUAGGGCUUGCUUUCAAGGGCAAUCAGAAGAUGGUGGUUGAAGCAUUGGAGGCUAUGAGUGAGAAGGAAGCAAUGGACAUGAAGACUGCAUUGGAAUCUAAGGGGGAGACGAACUUCCAAGUUUGCACACUUGGAAAGGACGUGGUGAUUACAAAGAAAAUGGUAUCGAUCAGUAUGGAGAAGAAGCUGGAGCACCAGCGAGUCUUCACCCCUUCAGUUGUUGAGCCCUCAUUUGGCAUAGGGAGGAUAAUCUAUUGUCUGUUUGAGCAUUCCUUCUACACAAGACCUAGCAAAUCAGAAGAGGAGCAGCUGAAUGUCUUCCGGUUCCCUCCUAUCGUGGCUCCUAUCAAGUGCACUGUGUUCCCGCUGGUAAAGAAUCAAGAGUUUGAUGGUGCCGCCAAAGUGCUUGCUAAAGAAUUAACAGCUGCAGGCAUCUCACACAUUAUUGACACGACUGGCAUUUCUAUCGGGAGGAGGUACGCAAGAACGGACGAGAUAGGUGUUCCUUUUGCAGUAACGGUUGAUUCUGCAACAGAGGUGACGAUCCGAGAGAGGGACAGCAAACAGCAGGUGAGGGUGGGCAUCGACGAGGUGGCAUCCGUGGUGAAGGAGCUGACAGAAGGCCAAAGCACCUGGACCGAUAUUUCAUUCAAGUAUCCCAGUCAUAUUGGCCCCCAAGGUGACCAGGACGCCGCCUGGACGCUCUUCCGGGGAAGCCUCACGAGAGCGAGCCCUUCACCAUCUUCCGAGUGGCGGGGCCCAUGCGCGACCGCAACCGCCACCUCUACGAGCCGCAGAUGCCUCCGCGACCUCCUCGCGCGGGGCCACGCGCCGCUCGCGUCCUACGCCCGCGCCGCGCGGGCCCUCGAGCCCGCUGCGCGCCGCCGCUACGCCGAGCCCACCGAUGACCUCCUCACGCCGCGGGACUUCGCCGAGAUGCUGCUCCUCGACGGCUGUUUCAUCGUCGAGUUCUUCCUCAAGGGCGAGGACGGCGCCGCCGACGCGCUCAUCGACGCCGCCUGGGCCAUGCAUAACGUCUACAGCGACCUCUUCCUCCUCGAGAACCAGCUCCCCUUCUUCGUCCUCGAGCGCUUCUACGCCAUCGCCACCGGCGGCCGAGGCCGCGACCACCUCGUCACCAGCCUCCUCGCCAAGUACCUCACAGUCGAGACCCCGCAGGACGCCGCCACGGCGAGGCCCCCCGACGGCGAGAUCCUACACCUGCUGCACCUCUACUACCACUGGUUCCUCCCACCACAAGACGAGGACGCCGCCGUCCCUCCCGCCGGCGGCGACAGCAACAAGAUCGCCGAGGAGGAGGAGGCGUUCAACGAGUGGCUGGCCAAGCCCAUGGACGAGCGCUUGCCGUGGGUGCUCCCCUCAGCGUCGGAGCUGGAGGACGCCGGCGUCACGUUCCGGGCCAAGAAGUCCCCCCGGAGCCUCGUCGACGUGACGUUCCGCGCCCGCGACGGCGUGCUCGAGAUCCCGGCCGUGGAGAGCUACACGAACCGCGCCAUGUUCGCGAACCUCCUAGCGUACGAGCAGAGUCGGGGCCGGUGGGAGCUGCAGCGGCUGAUGAGCUACGUGGUGCUCAUGGCGUCGGUGGCGUCCCACGGGCGGCGCGACGUGGAGAUCCUGCAGCGGGCCGGGGUGUUCGUCAAGGGGGACGAGGAGACGGCGGCGUUCUACGCGCACCUGGGCGAGCUCUGCGGCGGUGCCGCCGCCGGCACGCCGGGCGUCGCCAACAACUGCUACGCCGACAUGUUCCGCGACGUGAGGGGAUACUGCGGCCGCAGCUGGAACCGGCACCGCGCCGUGCUCGCUCACGACUACUUCAGCAACCCGUGGACGAGCAUGUCAGCCGCCGCCGCUGUGCUCCUGCUCAUCCUCACCGUCGUGCAGACUGUGUACACCGUGCUGCCGUACUACCACCAAUAG